AUGCGCGUCACAGAACCCCAGUCCCCUCCCCCAAGUCCCCGGCCUGUUUACGUCACCGAACCCACCCCCUCCCCCAAGUCCCAGCCUGUGUACGUCACUGAACCCCCAAGUUCCCGGCCUGUGCGCGUCACAGAACCCCAGUCCCCUCCCCCAAGUCCCCGGCCUGUGUACGUCACUGAACCCCCAAGUUCCCGGCCUGUGCGCGUCACCGAACCCACCCCCUCCCCCAAGUCCCAGCCUGUGUACGUCACUGAACCCCCAAGUUCCCGGCCUGUGCGCGUCACAGAACCCCAGUCCCCUCCCCCAAGUCCCCGGCCUGUGUACGUCACUGAACCCCCAAGUUCCCGGCCUAUGCGCGUCACAGAACCCCAGAACACCAAGUUCCCGGCCAGUGUGCGUCACAGAACCCCAGAACUUUAUACUUCGAAAGAUAUUGGCGCGUUCCGCGGGGGUGUGGACGAUCUAUUAACUAAGAUAAUUAUUUAA